GUGAUAUUGCGGCUGGCUGUCUAGAUCUAUCUUCUCAAAAUUAUGGGCUUAUCAGUAGCAAAUCCAGGACUAAUUUUCUUUCUAUUGACUGUAAUACAAGUCAAUGUUUUAGCAAGCAGCCUCUCCUCCUAUGGAAGUGAAUUUUAUUUGGCAUUUCCAAGGAAUGUCAAUGGAGCAACAAACCUCACACUAACAGUACACACGCUCAAGAGUACAUCAGUUCAAUACAGCAUUGAGUCUUUCAAUCAAGGCUUUAGCUACUCUGGUACAACCACUGCAGGAGAUCCUGAUGUUGUGGCUAUACCAUUGAAUUAUGAAGUUUUGUUUUCCAACUAUCCAUACCGAAAUUUGGGCCUGUAUAUUACAUCACCUGAGACUGAGCCUGUAUCUGUUGUUGCAUGGAGUGAGAGCAUUUAUGGGUACUUUUCAUUUCUUGGGCUUCCAUGUCACACUCAACCAACAAACCAGUAUGUAUAUUAUGCAGUUUCAUCUUAUGGUAUCAACAAUUUCUUUGGUUAUGUUGUUCUUGUUGGAUGCAUGAAUGACACCAAUGUCACCAUAGUACCAAGUCAAUAUGCUAACAUUACAAUGCCAAUCAAUCCACAAUCACCAAUCAGUGGAUAUAACACAUAUCGAGCAGGAGGAAACAACACAUUUGUCAUACACGCAGGUCAGACUAUAAAAAUUGAUCAAGCUUUUGCUGAUAUCUCUGGUACUAAAAUAAUUUCUGAUGCUCCAUUGACUGUUAUUAGUGGACACAUUGCUGCUCAGGUUCCACUUGGAGUAAGUGAUGCUGAUCCAAUGGCAACGCAAGUCACUCCUACUAUCACCUGGGGUAAAGAAUUCCUUCUGUCUCCUCAUCAUAAUGGAGAUAGUGGCCAGUUUUACAAGAUUAUUGCUGAUAAGGAUGGAACAAAUAUUCAAAGGAAAUGUGACACCAGUCCUACAGUUAACACUACUCUCUCCUCUGGCCAAGUCUAUCAGUUCAAUACUUCUAACACUUCUUACUGCAGUCUUGUAGCUAACAGGCCAAUAUACGUGGGGCAUGUUGGACCAAGUACUUUCUUUAAUGGAGGUACUUAUGGUGAUCCAGCACUUAACACAGUUCCUCCAAUAAGCCAGUACUUACACUCAAUAGAGUAUACAACAUUCUUUACAACAUUGAGUGGUGUGAGCGUCCUUGUACCAAAUGAUCAAUAUUUUAGUAACUACCAGAUAAUUGAUAAUACUCUCCACUCUAUUUCAUGGAGCUCCGUAAUUCAUUUUCCUAAUGGAACAAUUGCCGGUUAUGCCUUUUCUGCCUCAACCUCUGGUACUCAUACAUUCACCCAUUCAAGAAAUUCAGGAAGGCUAUUUCUUUCAGUAUACGGAUGGUUGAGACACCAUGGAUUUGCAUAUUCAGGUGGCAUGGGUCUUGAUCCAAUAAAUCCACUCCCACAGGUUAGUUUUACUCAAGGACUUUUUAUUGUUACAGAAGGAAGCAAUGAUGCCAUUAUCUACUUAAAAAGAAGUGCAAAUGUUGAGGAAGAAGUAUCAGUGAGAGUAAGUGUCACUCCUCAACAAUUGGACACAGCUGAAGAUGGAGAUGAUUAUUUGUCAACAAAUGAGGUGGUCACAUUUAGAUAUGGAGAGACACUACAUAAUAUAACAAUUGCUAUUAUUGAUGACGUCUAUGCUGAACCUACUGAAUAUUUCAGCGUAAGGCUGGAAGCUAUUGGACAAGAUGUUGUUGUAUUUCCAAUUACAGAAUGCACUGUAGGAAUACAUGACAAUGAUUAUAUACAGAUUGGUUUUAGUAACUCAUCACUGAUUAUUGAUAGUACAGAACUGACUCUUGCUGUCUCAAACUAUCAUGGAAUAAUGCAAUCAGGAGAAAUGUCAACUGUUCAGUUGCAAGUUGAAAGUUUAUCAGGCGAAGCUUUAAAUGUCACUCGCUUUGAUUUCUAUAAUUACAGUGGAAGCUACAGUGCAACUCUUAAUCUCUCUCAUCUUCCUUUCUCUCUGGUAUACAACCAAAAUGAUCCUGUGUUAUUAGGGAGACUUGCUAUUGAUAAAUCAAACAUCAAUCUAACAAUAGAACCACCUGUUAUUACCGUUACCUAUAAUCCUCAAAUUCCUCAAAUUUUUACUACAACAACACAAGUUGAUUGCAUGAGUACAACCGUCACCAUAACAUCCAUUCCUACAAUAUCAUCUCAAGCUUGUGCGUUUUCUGAGCCAAUUACAGUUACAUCUAUUCGCACAAGCAUGCUAACAACUGCAACAAGUGCUUCAAUUAUGAUCACAAGCCCUCCAGUAUCUAAAGUAACAAUAACUAUUGAGAAGACUUUGCCAUGUUCUGCAGCUAUACUACCAACAACACAACCGAACCAGUCCUCGUUGAGCUCAAGUGUAGUCGUUGGAGGUGUAAUGGGCUAUGUUAUACUUGUCAUUCUCGGUGUUGUUGGCACUGUAGGUGGGUUUUUCUGUGGAAGAAGUACCAGAAGACAACAAGGAAUGACAAUGUUGGCAACGAAUGUACCAGUAAUUUUUAGUAAUGUUAAUGAUUAUGAAGGUCGUAGAAAAGCAGUUAGAUCUGGUAUACUUGAUAAAAACCAGUCACUUCCUCUACCUAUACCUCCGCAUAAUAUUGGUGAAGAGAUUUAUGAUGAUAAUGCGAUUUACAUGGAAAUGGAUAAUUUGCAGAAAGAAAUGACAUACGAAAAUUCUGUAGCAAUUUCAGCACAGUAAACAUGAGUAUUGCAGAUACAGUAAUGUAUUUUGUUAUUUGUCUUACAUUAUGCAUGCAUCAAUAAGCCUAAUUGUUUACUAUUAUUGAGUGACCCAUCAUUACGUAUCUAA